CCAGAAGCCCGGACCAUGCCUCCUUUCUGUGGCUGUCCCUUUAGUGAGCGCACUUCUGCCUCUAUGUUUUCUCACUCGCCGGUCUAUAAUUGGCCGGAUAUUCCUCCUGUAGAACUGUUGGAACGCAAACAGGAAGUGUCGAGAAGGAUGACAAGGGAGUACUUCCGGGAAAUAGAAUGGCUGCGCACGGACGAGAGACUGGUCUGUCCUGGUUUAUUUAUGUAUUAUCUGUGUGCUCUCUGAUGGACCGUAUUGCUGUGAUGAGGCCAUCUGAUGAGUGUGGAGAAAUCAACAGAUCCUCAACCAUAUCCUACUGCCUCCACCUCAAUCACUUAUCUGUGAGAGAAACCAUGAUAAGAUCCUAGAAAUCCCCAAUAACAUAACUGAGCUGCUGACUGGGGAGAGUAUGGAGCACACAUCGCGCCAUGAGGAUCGUUUUGUCAGGGGUCGCAGACUUAUCGAUUGGCGCACAGCCAGAAAGCCACGUGGAGGAUUUCACGUCACCACUCCCUUGGACCUUACAACCUCAAAAACAAGUGUUGUGAAACGUAAUCGGGGACAUUCUGUGAAAAAGGAAAGUGCCAACAGCAAUAACACAAACUCACAACUUGCAAAUACACAGCACAAUACUGAUUAUAUCAAAGAAGAGUCCCACCAAGAAGGUAACCCUGAUAUUAAUUCCUCCACCAUACAGACCCAGAAUGUGUCUUCUCAUAGGGACAAGGAUUCGUUGGCUAGCAAAGAGGAAAACCGAACAAGUUCUGACAUCAAUACAUCCACUGAUGACACAAAAACACAGUAUACAUCAGCUAAAAUAAAUAAAGACUGUUUGUCAGAAGAAGAAAACACCCGUGAAGAUUAUACACAACCAUGUCCAUCUUCUCAUAUUAAGGCGGAAUCCAAUUCACAUAAGGAAGGAAGCCUCACAGAUACUGACCCUUACUCACCCACACAUGGUACCAAUGAAGAGGGUGAAAAUUUAAGUGGAGACACAUGUACACCCACAAAUCAUGGGCUGCGUUAUCCAUCAACUGACUUUAAAUCAGAAUCCGAUUCUAGCGAAGAAGGGCAUGCCUCUGAUAGGGAGGUGCACACCACCACAGAUUAUAUCCCUGUGAUUGUGAAAGAGGAAUCGGUCUCGUGUGAUGAAGACAACCUCACAGAUGGUGACUUUUAUUUACCAGAAGAACAUAUAGACCCACAGUUUCCCUACACAUAUGGUGGAGAUUAUUCUUGUUCUGUAUGUGGAAAGACUUUUAAUACAACACUGGAACUGGCAAGACACCAACCAAUUCACCUGCGGGGGAAGACCUACUCCUGCUCUGUGUGUGAGAAAUGUUUUAGCAGUAAAUCAGACAUGAUAAGGCAUGGGCGGAUUCACACAGGCGAGAAACCUUUUCUUUGUUUCGAAUGCGGGAAAAGUUUUAGCAAAAAAUCAGACGUUAUCAGACACGAGAAGAUCCAUACUGGUGAAAAGCCUUUUGCGUGUCCUGAAUGUGGAAAGCGUUUUAGCCGGGAUUCGCAUCUGAUCAGACAUCAAAGAAUCCACACAGCAGAGCGUUCAUUUACAUGCUCCGAGUGCGGGAAAAUUUUCACCAGAGAGUCCCAGCUCAUCCGACACUUGAGAAUUCAUACAGGGGAAAAACCUUUCUCUUGUUCACAGUGCGGUAAAAGUUUCCGUAAGAAAUCUGAUGUUGUCCGGCAUGAGAAGAUUCACACAGGAGAGAAGCCAUUUGUUUGUUCGGAGUGCAGUAAGCGUUUCAGCCGGCAUUCUCAUCUCGUCAUCCACCGGCGGGUACACACUGGAGAGAAAACAUUCUCAUGUUCGGAAUGUGGCAAGUGCUUCACUCAGUACUCCACCCUCCUCUCACACCGCAGAAUACACACCGGUGAAAAGCCUUUUUCUUGCACUGAGUGCGGAAAAUGCUUUGCCCAAAAAAGAGAUCUGAAUAAGCAUAUGACUUUUCACACCGGGGUGAAACCUUAUCCAUGUUCAGAGUGUGGCAAGAGCUUUGUGCUGAAAUAUGAACUGAGGAAGCAUGUGAGAAUCCACACGGAAGAGAAGCACUUUGUCUGCUCUGAGUGUGGCAAAUGCUUCAUAACAAAAUCGGACUUGGUGCGCCAUCAGAGAAUUCACACAGGAGAGAAGCCAUUUGCAUGUUCUGAAUGUGGAAAGUGUUUCAGUAGGCACACUUACCUGGGCAUUCAUCAGCGGGUUCACACCGGGGAGAAGCCAUUUGUAUGUACAGAGUGUGGCAAGUGUUUUAGUCAACGGACAGCCCUUGCAGCACAUGGAAGGACUCACACGGGAGGUCGGCCAUUCGCAUGCUCAGAGUGUGGCAAGUGUUUUAGCAAAAAAUCAGACCUUCUCCGACAUCAAAGAAUCCACACUGGGGAGAAGCCAUUUACAUGCCCUGAGUGUGGAAAAUCCUUCAGCCGUCACACCUAUCUCAUUAUACACAAGAGGAUACACACUGGGGAGAAGCCCUUUCUGUGCACCAAAUGUGGCAAGCACUUCACUUAUAAGUCACACCUGGUUCGGCAUCAGAGAAUCCAUGUGGCAGAAGAGGCCUUUCCUUACUCUGAGUGUCAGUAGGCAUGUAAAGGUAGACUUGGAGGUCAUAACUGAAUGAAUGAACAUAUGGGGGACAUUUCAUGGGUCCUGUAAAUUAAAUUAUAGGGAUAUUAAAGGCAACAUCUGGGAAUAGAAAAACAUGGCUGCUUUCUUCCAGAAACUGCACCACGUUGGUCCAUGGGUGGUGUCUGGUAUCGCAGAUCAGUUCAGCUAAAAUAAUGCCCUGCAAUACUACACACAGCCUGCGGACGGUUGUGGUGCUGUUUCUAGAAGAAAGCAGCUGUGUUUUUUUUUUAUCCUGUACAACCCUUUUAACUCUGAUCCCAAAAUAACAUUAUUUCUUCCUGUUUGUAUAUUUAAUUAUAUGGGCUGAAGACUUGAACGUGUGUCUUGUACAUUUGCGACUACAGUAGUCUUAAUAAAUGUUUUGUC